UUUUUGGUUACAUUUUAAUUAUAAAAAAAAAAUGUGAAUCAGUUCUUUCUAUAUUGGGUUUGAAAUAUAAUACACAUUUUUGCCAGCAAGUGCUACAGAAGUGACCUUCACGAUGACUAGUGAUCAUGAAGAAAGUGGCGAACGAAAGGCGGCUCUCGGUAGACACAUGAGUGAAGGUUCCAUUGCUGCUGCUGAGGACGAUGACGACGAUGUUGAGAGGAAGAUUGAUUUGGGUCCUCAAUUCACCUUGAAAGAGCAGCUUGAAAAGGAUAAGGAUGAUGAGAGCUUGAGGAAGUGGAAGGAACAGCUUCUUGGAGGCAUUGACAUGAAUUCUGUUGGAGAAACUUUGGAGCCAGAAGUGAAAUUUUUGAGCCUUGCAAUAAAAUCAGGCGAUAGAGAUGAUAUAAUUCUUCCAGUACCAGAGACAGGAAAUCCAGAAGGUUUAUGGUUUACUUUGAAGGAAGGUUCUAAAUAUAGGUUGAUGUUCACUUUCCAAGUAAACCAUAAUAUCGUUUCGGGUCUUAAAUACACCAACACUGUCUGGAAAACUGGUAUCAAGGUUGACUCUACUAAAGAGAUGAUCGGAACAUUUAGCCCUCAAGCAGAACCGUACACGCAUGAAAUGCCGGAAGAGACAACACCAGCUGGGUUAUUUGCCAGAGGGACAUACUCUGCAAGAACUAAGUUUGUUGACGAUGACAAAAAGUCGUAUUUGGAUAUCAACUACACGUUUGAUAUUCGGAAGGACUGGGUUUAAUCAACUGAGACCUCUGGAAGACUCUGAUUGAUGAUACUUAUUGUUUAAUCCGUAGUCAUUGUUAUUUUACCUCAAAUCUUCUUCACUGUUUUACUUGUUGCUUUUCUGUUGUUUAUUUGACCUGAGACCAGUAAUCUUAACAAUGACCAUAGGAUUUUCAGGAAGAAAUCAAAAUGAUAUUCAUAUUCAUUUGGCAGACACUAAUUGUCAAUAAAAUUGGAUUUGUCUUUUUAGAUGAA